AAUUUUGCUAAAACUCUCUCUUUUAAACACACACUCUUUCUCUCUUAAAGGAAGAAGAAGAUCACAAUCACAAUGACAAAGACAAAGCCAGUGGAAGGAGAUGAGAACCGAUAUAAGAAAGGUUUAUGGACAGUUGAAGAAGACAAGAUACUCUUGGAUUAUGUUAAAAUGCAUGGGAAAGGGCAAUGGAAUCGAAUUGCCAAGAAAACAGGUUUGAAGAGAUGUGGGAAGAGUUGUAGGCUAAGGUGGAUGAACUACCUCAGCCCAAGUGUGAACCGAGGCAAUUUUACUGAGGAAGAAGAAGAUCUUAUCAUUAGACUCCAUAAGCUCCUUGGAAACAGGUGGUCCUUGAUUGCUAAAAGAGUGCCAGGACGAACUGACAAUCAAGUGAAAAAUUAUUGGAAUGCUCAUUUGAGGAAAAAGCUUGGGAUCAAAGAGCAAAAACACACAGCUGGAGAUUCUAGCUUAACAAAAUCCCAGAAAGUGGAAGUAUCAAAAAGUUGCACAAGAACAAGUUCUUGUACCAGUGCAAGGGCAACCAAUGAAAUUUCAGUGGACAAAGCCAAAGCCACCCAGAAAAGCCUGAUUAAUAAUGUCACAGAAACACAAGAAUCCAUGAUUGAUGAAAGUUUUGUCAACUCUUUAUGGAAUGCUGAAGAGGAGUUGGAUUUUGCUGGUACCCUAACCAUGCUGGAGUUUAUGGAUGGGUAUUCUUUAAUUUGA